AUGUCCGGAGUCAACCAUACUGGUUUCGCUUAUCCUAGUGAUCAGUUAUCUUUACUCAGUUUCCGAGAUGAGCCCGAAAUCGUGGUGAAGUCUCUUUUUAAAAAACACCCUGUGUUUCCCUCUGGUAUGUCUCGCUUUUCCAGCUUCACAAUUUUAGGGACACAUUCCUUCCAUUUCCAUACUUUGGAUGUCAUCGCAAGUGAUAUAGUUGUGAAUAUUGAUAUCAAGAAGCGCCCUUUAGCACGUUUUUUCCUGGAUGAAGUUGUGUGGCCUCGAGGGCCCAUUUUUUAUCCUCAGCUCCGCCUUAACUGUCACCCUGAUUUCGUUGAAGUGCCGCUGUCCUCGAUAAAUUUGUUUACCAAUGCACGUACCCUCGCGAAACUGUUGACCUACCUGUUGCCAACUACAGGCCCAAAUCCCUUGUUCUCAGAGUCUACCCUUCAGUGGAUGCUGUCUCCUGGUAGUGCUGUCCACAAUGAUCCUAUUCUUCAACGUUCCGUUCAAUAUACAAAGAGUGGACUGUUUAUUGAAACCUCUCCUGAGGGCAAGCCUAUUAUCGGACUGCGUGAUGAUAUCCUCGGACAAGUGGCUUUUGUGGACCAGGCCAGGAACUUGACAUUUGCGUAUGUUACCAAUCAUGCCCACGGCUGCUCGGUCAAACGGGACUGGAUUUUGAAAACUCUAAUUCAUGAAAUCUACGCCUGCCUCUUACCGCAGUGA